CGCUGUCUCCAAUUCAUAGGUUCUCUACCUCUAUCCCUAUAUAUAUGUCAACACAAUAUUGUUUCCUAUCUAUCUUCGAUGGUCAUAUGAUCGUUAAUUAAUCUCCAUGGCCACGAGUAGAGUCUCCCACGCCUUAUGGUUUCUUCUGUGUAUCUAUCUUCUCCUGUUGGUCUCUGAAGGUUUCUUUGUUAGGCUCAGCUCCAUGCCCUCCAUAAAGCCUUACCCUUCUCCGGUUAUUAGCUCGCUGCGACCAGGAAGAAGAGCUUUCGUGGUAAGUAAGUUUGACUUCACACCGUUCAUGAAAGACCUUCACCGAAAAGAUCAUCAAGAUGUUCCACAGCUGGGAGGAUCCGAGAUCGACCCAAGAUAUGGAGCUGAGAAACGGCUCGUCCCAUCUGGUCCAAACCCCUUGCACCACUGAUUGUCUUCUUAUAUAUAUUUUACUUAAAUUUUCUUUAUUAAUUUGUUUCUUUCGAAUUGAUAUAAACACUAAAAAGGAUAUACUGCACAUAAUUUAAUUCAUAAAAAGCUGCUAAUAUUUCUUUGGGGAGCAUAUGUAUUGAAUUAU